CAGCCAGGAGGGCGAGCAGUUGCUGGCGGAGCGCCGUCGAAGCGGCGGUGGCGGCGGCGGGAGCUUGGGGAGCCUUCCUCUUCCUCUUCCUAAUCCUCCUCCUCCUCCUGGCUGGCCCCCUUGUCGGCCCCUUGGGCCCCCCCAGAGAGCUGCUCCUGGCCCGGGCAAGAGGAGCCCCUGAGGCUGGAGAGCUGGGCACCCCCACUCUCCCCAGCAAGUGGCGAGGAGGAGGCGGGCAUGCCGGGCUUUGGCGUCGGGCGGCCGGGGCGGCCUUCCUCCUCCUCUUCUUCUUCCUCCUCCUCCUCCUCCUCAACAUGGUCCUGGACUUCGGGAGCGGAUGCCCUCUCCUCCUGGCUUUCUCCCCGGAGGACCCCCGGCAGCAGGGAGCAGCAGCAGGGACCAUGAUCGCGGGAUCCCUGCACCCCCCGCGCUUAGGGUUAGGCGGCAAGCUCCUGCAAGGGGUCACCUCCAUUCCCAGGGACGGAGCAGCGGCGGGACUAGGAGUAGCUACUAGUGGGAGUAGCAGCCCCGGCCCCAGCGGCAGCCCCUCCGGGGACCCCUCGGCGGCGUCGGCGGGGGUCUUCGGCAACGCGACGGAGCCCUGCGGGGAGCAGAUCCUGAGCUACGGCCCCCUGGAGAAGGUGGUGAUCGGGGCGGUGCUCUCGCUGCUGACCCUGCUGACCGUGGCCGGCAACUGCCUGGUGGUCAUCUCGGUCUGCUUCGUCAAGAAGCUGCGGCAGCCCUCCAACUACCUGAUCGUCUCGCUGGCCCUGGCCGACCUCUCGGUGGCCCUGGCCGUCAUGCCCUUCGUCAGCGUCACCGACCUCAUCGGCGGCCGCUGGGUCUUCGGGCGCGCCUUCUGCAGCGUCUUCAUCGCCAUGGACGUCAUGUGCUGCACCGCCUCCAUCAUGACCCUCUGCCUCAUCAGCAUCGACAGGUAUCUUGGCAUAACAAGGCCUCUCACCUAUCCUGUAAGGCAAAAUGGGAAGUGUAUGGCUAAAAUGAUCCUUUGUGUGUGGCUGCUGUCAGCUUCCAUUACUCUCCCACCUCUCUUUGGUUGGGCUCAAAAUAUAAAUGAUGACAAAGUUUGCUUGAUCAGCCAAGACUUUGGAUACACAAUUUAUUCCACCGCAGUGGCAUUUUACAUCCCCAUGUCGGUGAUGCUUUUCAUGUACUAUCAAAUCUACAAGGCUGCCAAGAAGAGUGCAGCCAAACACAAGUUUAGUGGCUUCCCACGGCCUGAAGAAAAUGAGGGUAUCGCUUCUGCAAAUGGCAUUGUGAAACUACACAAGGAAUCAGAAGAGUGCACCAAUUUUUCGCGGCUGCUUAAGCAUGAACGGAAGAACAUUUCCAUCUUCAAAAGGGAGCAGAAGGCUGCCACCACCCUGGGGAUUAUUGUAGGAGCUUUCACUGUGUGCUGGCUGCCAUUUUUCAUACUUUCCACUGCUAGACCCUUUAUCUGUGGGACGUCUUGCAGCUGUAUCCCAUUGUGGGUUGAGAGGACAUUUCUGUGGUUGGGUUAUGCAAACUCUCUGAUUAACCCAUUUAUAUAUGCCUUUUUCAACCGGGAUCUGAGGACAACCUAUCGCAAUCUGCUGCAAUGCAGAUAUAGGAAUAUCAACCGUAAGCUGUCUGCUGCAGGCAUGCAUGAAGCCCUGAAGCUUGCUGAGAAGCCAGAGUUUGUUCUGUAAGGAGGAACUCAGAUUAUGCAAGGAAAAAGAGUCAUGAUUUAUGACUGAAUGAGUCAUAUAUGGACAAGGCUCUGCUGGGCAAGGAACAGUAUGGAAGAUCCAGUCAGCCAAGAAGAACUGAGGAGAUUAAUGGAAUUCAUCUGGUCCACUUCUGAAGGGAAUGUUAAAAAGAAAGUCAGUGUUCAUGCAUAUCAUAUUAAAUGUACUCCUGCUCAGUACAGUGACAUCUCUCUUGCUAUCUUCCUCUUCUUCCUCCUUUUUUUAUUUCAUGGAAUUGUGUAUAAAUAGGCUUUAUGCCCAUUAUACACAAAUAAACUUUUUUUUGUUUAGCUGGACGAAGCAAAUGGCAUUUUCAACAAAAAUAUUACAUAUGACAUCAAGAGUGUGACGGAAUGAAUGCCUUUCAAGUUUUCUGCUUAAGGAUGUAAAUCUUCAUCAGUAUCAGUCUCAUGAGCAAGAAUGAAUAGUUUAACCACUUUUCUCUGAACUGCAAGAAGGUCCUCAAAACCUACACAGUUUUGAAUGAUUAUUUGCAGUUUGGGAUUUAUUAUACAAAAAAUAAUGGGUUUUUUGUGCAUAAAAGCAGAAUUUUCUGUGCAGAAGACAAUGGUCUCUGAACAAGGAAUUUGCUUUUCAUGCCAAACAUAACAGGAUUAAAACAUUUACUAAUAUUUUUCCACCCCUACUGUAUCCUUGGGAAAGAAGGUACAUAUGCCCCACCAAUCCUUUUCUAACUGCCCCAGCUAUUUUUUUUCAAGUCCACAUUUUUACCUCUCAACAACAGCAGGCAAAAUUUUACCAUGGGCUGUCCCUCUCAAAAAGACACAAAUGAAAACUAUGGGGCUGAACAGACUGCCCCUAAGGGGUGGCCUGCAACUGUUU